CGGGGCCGGAAGCGAGCGAAUCGAAAACGGGUGGCGGUCGCGGGCAGUUUGAAUUGGAGUCUGUUCUCCAGCCCGUGGAGCUGUACUAGGACCUGACUCUCUGAAGGGUUGGUUUCCUUUCCCUGCCAUCAAGUUCAUUUAUAAAUGUUUGAAUAAUAAAGAAAGGAGAGCAAAAUGAGCUGGGCUUUGGAAGAAUGGAAGGAAGGCCUGCCUACAAGAGCUCUUCAGAAAAUUCAAGAGCUUGAAGGACAGCUUGACAAACUGAAGAAAGAAAGGCAGCAAAGGCAGUUUCAACUUGAAACCCUGGAGGCUGCGUUACAGAAGCAAAAACAGAAGGUUGAGAAUGAAAAAACUGAGGGUGCAAACCUGAAAAGGGAGAACCAAAGCUUGAUGGAAAUAUGUGAAAAUCUGGAGAAGACUAAGCAAAAGAUUUCUCAUGAACUUCAAGUCAAGGAGUCACAAGUGAAUUUUCAAGAAGGACAACUGAACUCAAGCAAAAAACAAAUAGAAAAACUAGAACAGGAACUUAAAAGGUGUAAAUCUGAACUUGAAAGAAGCCAACAAGCUGCACAGUCUGCAGAUGUCUCUCUGAAUCCAUGCAUUACGCCACAAAAAAUUUUUGCAACUCCACUCACACCAAGCCAGUAUUAUAGUGGUUCCAAAUAUGAAGAUCUAAAAGAAAAAUACAGUAAAGAAGUUGAAGAACGAAAACGAUUAGAGGCAGAGGUGAAAGCCUUGCAGGCAAAAAAAGCAAGCCAAGCUAUCCCCCAAAGCACCAUGAAUCACCGGGACAUUGCCCGACAUCAGGCUUCAUCAUCUGUGUUCUCAUGGCAGCAAGAAAAGACCCCAAGUUGUCUUUCAUCCAAUGCUCUAAAAACUCCAAUUAGGAGAGAUUUCUCUGCAUCUCAUUUUUCUGGGGAACAAGAAAUGACUCCGAGUAGAUCAACUUUGCAAAUGGGGAAAACAGAUGCUAAUAGCAGUUUCUGUGAUAAUUCUAGCAAUUCUCAUCUUUUGGAUCAGUUAAAAGCACAGAAUCAAGAGCUAAGGAGCAAGAUUAGUGAGUUGGAACUACGUGUGCAAGGACAAGAAAAAGAAAUGAAAGGUCAAGUGAAUAAACUUCAAGAACUCCAGCUCCAAUUGGAGAAAGCAAAAGCGGAAUUAAAUGAAAAAGAGAAAGUUUUGAACAAAAGCAGGGAUGAACUAGUGAGAACAACUGCACAGUAUGACCAGGCAUCAACCAAGUGUACUGCUUUGGAACAAAAACUGAAAAAACUGACUGAAGAUUUGAGUUGUCAGCGUCAAAAUGCAGAAAGUGCCAAACGUUCUCUGGAACAGAAAAUCAAGGAAAAAGAAAAAGAGUUCCAAGAGGAGCUCUCCCGUCAACAGCGUUCCUUUCAAACGCUGGACCAAGAGUGCACUCAGAUGAAAGCCAAGCUCACCCAGGAGCUACAGCAAGCCAAGAACACACACAACAUCCUCCAGGCUGAACUGGAUAAAGUUACAUCUGUAAAGCACCAGCUAGAAAAAAAAUUGGAAGAGUUUAAGCAAAAGUUCAGCAGAACUGAACAGGCCUUACAGGAGAGUCAGACCAAGGAAAAUGAGCUGAGGAGAAGCAGCGAGGAAAUGACGAGGGAAAAGAGCCUCCUUAGCAGUCAGUCUGAGCAAAGGGCCAGAGAAGUCUGCCACCUGGAGGAAGAACUGAAGAAGGCCAAGCAGUGUUUGAGUCAGAGCCAGAAUUUUGCAGAAGAAAUGAGGGCCAAGAAUACCUCUCAGGAAACCAUGUUAAGAGAUCUUCAAGAAAAAAUAAAUCAGCAAGAGAAUUCCUUGACUUUAGAGAAACUGAAGCUUGCCUUGGCUGAUCUAGAAAAGCAGCGAGAUUGUUCUCAAGACCUUUUGAAGAAAAGGGAACAUCACAUUGAACAACUGAAUGAAAAGUUAAGCAAAACAGAGAGAGAGUCCGAAGCUUUAUUGAGUGCUUUGGAAUUAAAGAAGAAGGAAUAUGAAGAACUGAAAGAAGAGAAAACUCUGUUUUCUCGCUGGAAAAGUGAAAAUGAACAACUUUUAAAUCAGAUGGAAUCAGAAAAGGAAAGCUUGCAGAGUCAAAUCAAUCACUUGGAAACCUGUCUUAAGACACAACAAAUAAAAAGUCAUGAAUACAAUGAGAGGGUAAGAACACUGGAGAUGGAAAGAGAAAAUCUAAAUGUUGAGAUCAGGAACCUUCACAAUGUGAUAGACAGCAAGGCUGCGGAGGCAGAGACACAGAAGAAAGCUUAUGGGGAACUACAACAGAAAGCUGAAUUCUCAGAUCAGAAACAUGAGAAGGAAAUAGAAAAUAUGUGUUUGAAAAUUUCUCAGCUUACCGGGCAAGUUGAAGAUCUAGAACAUAAGCUUCAGUUACUGUCAAGUGAAAUCAUGGACAAAGACCAGCGUUACCAAGACUUGCAUGCUGAAUCUGAGAGCCUCAAGGAUCUGCUAAAAUCCAGAGAUUCCUCUGUGGUGACAAACGAGGCUCAUCAGAGAAGUCUUCUGGCAUUUGAACAGCAGUCCGCAAUGAAUAAUUCCUUUGCAAAUAUAACUGGAGAACAAGAAAGCGUGCCUUCAGAAAGAAGCGAAUGCCAUUUAGAAACAGACCAAAGUCCAAACUGUUCAUCCGUGUUACAAAACAGAGUCGUUUCUCUUGAAUUCUCAUUAGAGUCUCAGAAGCAGAUGAACUCAGAUCUGCAAAAGCAGUGUGAGGAAUUGGUACAAAUCAAAGGAGAAAUUGAAGAAAAUCUCAUGAAAGCAGAACAGAUGCAUCAAAGUUUUGUGGCUGAAACAAGUCAACGCAUUAGUAAGUUACAAGAAGACACUUCUAUUCAUCAGAAUGUUGUUGCUGAAAGUUUAGUUGCCUUAGAGAGCAAGGAAAGAGAGUUACAACUUUUGAAUGAAAAAUUAGAAACUGGGCAGGCAGAGAUUCAGGAAUUGAAAAAGAGCAACCAUUUACUUCAGGAAUCUCUAAAGGAGCUACAGCUUUUGUCUGAAACUCUGAGCCUGGAGAAAAAGGAAAUGAGUUCCAUCAUUUCUCUAAAUAAAAAGAACAUUGAAGAGCUGACCCAGGAGAAUGGGACUCUCAAGGAAGUUAAUACAGCCUUAACCCAAGAGAAGGUGAGCUUGCGCCAAAAAAAUGAGAGUUUUUCAAACUGUAUAGAUGAAAGAGACAAAAGCAUUUCAGAGUUAUCUAAUCAAUACAAACAAGAAAGACUUACUUUACUACAAAGAUGUGAAGAAAUGGGAAAUGCAUUUCAGGAUCUUAGUGAAGAAUAUAAAGCAGCACAGGUAAAGAACUCUGAAUUAGAAUGCCUGCUGAAUGAACGCGUCAGUGUUUGUGAAGAUAGAAAAAACGAGUUGGGACAGCUAAAGGAAACAUUUGCAAGGGAACACCAAGCAUUUGUAUCACAAUUAGCAUUAGCUGAAGAGAGAAACCAGAGUUUAAUACUAGAGCUGGAGACAGUGCAGCAAACCCUGAGAUCUGAGAUUGCAGACAUCCAAAACAAUUCCAAAAGGGAAGCUGAUGGUUUAAAGCAAGAAAUCAUGACUUUAAAGGAAGAACAAAGUAAGAUGCAACAGGAAGUUAAUACCUUAUUACAAGAGAAUGAGCACCUGAUAGAAUUAACGAAGAUGAAACAUGAGCAUCAAAGUCUAGAAGUGGAACCAGUUCAAGACUCUGUGAAAGAAGGAGAGAGGGAGAUAAAUACAUGUCAGCUUCUGAUGGAUCUUGAAGUUAAAGACGCUUCUGUAGACAGUUAUAAUGCACAACUGGCACAAGUAGAAACUAAAGUGAGAAACAUGGAAUUAAAACUUGAGGACAGUGAGAAGGAGGAGUGCCUACAGCACGAAUUACAAAUUAGAGGAGAAUUAGAAACUGGAGAUUUGCAACAAGACACUCAGUCACAAGAUAUUAGUGGCCUUGGAGACUUUGAAAUAGAUCCAGAGCAAAAAUAUACUUCGGUGCUUCACGAGUUGUCAACAAGUCAGCAGGACAAUGUCCACCUGCAGUGCUCUCUACAGACAGCAAUGAACAAGCUGAACGAGUUAGAGAAAAUGUGUGAAGCACUGCAGGUGGAAAAGCUUGAACUCCUAUCUGAGCUGAACGACUCAAGAUCAGAAUGUAUCACAGCAACUGAUAAAAUGGCAGAAGAGGUAGGGAAACUAGUAAAUGAAGUUAAAAUAUUAAGCAAUGAAAAUGGACUUCUCCAAGGUGAGUUCGUGAAAGAAAUGCCCGAAAGUGAAUCUGGUGAACAAAAUGAACAGACGUCUGUGUCCUUAAGUCCUUUGGAUGACAGUAAUUUCUAUGAGCACUUGACAGUGUCAAACAAAGAAGUUCAAAUGCACUUUGCUGAAUUACAGGAGAAAUUCUCAUCUUUACAGAGUGAACACAAAAUUUUACAUGAUCAGCACUGUCAGAUGAGUUCUAAGAUGUCAGAGCUGCAGUCCUAUGUUAACACACUAAAGGCUGAAAAUUCAGCCUUGUCCAUCAGUCUGAGAAACUCUCAGGGUGACUUGGUAAAGGAGGUGAUGCCAGGACCUGGGGAGGAGCGUUUACUCUCCUUGCCAUCCUCUUGUGUGAUUGACAGCCCUGGUAAUGCAAUUUUGGGAGAAUCCUCUUUUUACAAAGAUCUCUUAGAGCAGACAGGAGAGACAUCCCUUUUGAAUAAUUUAGAAGGGAAUGUUUCAGCAAACCAGUCCAAUGUAGAGGAAGUCUCUUGCAGUAGUCUGGAGGAUGAGAAUCUGACUGAGAAAGAAAUCCCCUCUGCCUCGAUGAGGAGCAUUGAAGAACUUGAGAUGCUCUGUCAGAUAUACCUACAGUCCCUCAAGAAGCUAGAAGAGAAGUUUGAAAGUCAAGGGAUUACGAAAAAUAAGGAAAUCAAAGAGCUCGAACAGUUACUGAGUUCUUCAAGGGAAGAGCUUGACUGUCUCAGGAAGCAGUAUUUGUCAGAAAAUGAACAGUGGCGGCAGAAGCUGACAAGUGUGACAGUGGAGAUGGAGUCCAAGUUGGCGGCAGAAAAGAAACACACGGAACACCUUACACUUGAGCUCGAAGUAGCGCGACUCCAGCUUCAGGGUCUGGACUUAAGCUCCCGGUCUCUGCUUGGCACUGACAUAGAAGAUGCUAUUCGGGGUGGAAGUGAUAGCUAUGACGUAAGAGAAUCGGAAGAGUAUACUUCAGAAACUAGAGAGAGGACACCAAAGCGUGAGAUUCAUCAGAUUCAUGAAAAAGAUGUUCAGCAGGACCUCAGUGCAGAGAUGGAGAAAAUAGCUAAGACUAGUGCAAUCAAACUUACAGGAGAAUGGUCCAGAGAGCAGUCCCCAGAAACCAGUCAUGAGACCCCAGUGGAAGGCACAACCCAGGGCUGUUCAGAAAGCAUUUCUGAAUUGUCACUUUCUGGUCCUGAUGCUUUGGUACCUAUGAAUUUUCUGGAGAAUCAGGUAACCAUUCAGAAUCUCCAGCUGCAGGUAAAAGAGACAUCAAAUGAGAAUUUGAGAUUACUUCAUGGCAUAGAGGAACGUGACCAAAAAGUUGAAAGCUUGCUAAAUGAAAUCAAAGAAUUAGACUCAAAACUCAAUUUACAGGAAGUACAACUGACUACCAAGAUUGAAGCAUGUAUAGAAUUGGAAAAAACAGUUGAGGAACUUAAGAAAGAAAAAUCAGAUUUAAAUGAAAAAUUGGAAUCCUUUUCUUGUGAUAACCAGGGAGUAGAAAGUUCGGGAGGCCUCACUUCUAACUUAGAAAUGGGCACAGAUAAAUUGUCACAUGAAGGUAUUGAAGAUGAUGUAGCCAAGGUGACCAAAAACUGGAGAGAGAGAUGUCUCCAUGUGGAAAAUGAGCUGCAGAGGAUCCAAGCUGAGAAAGAUAGCAUGGAGCUUCAUGCCCUCUCUGUGGAAGCCAGCUUAGAGAUAAUUCAAACGGAGAAGCUGUGUUUAGAAAAAGACAGUGAAAAUAAGCAGACAGUUAUAACCUGUCUUGAGGAAGAACUCUCAGUGGUCACAAGUGAGAGAGACCAGCUUCGUGGAGAAGUAGAUACUUUGUCAAAAGAAAACCAAGAGCUGGAUCAGAUGUCUGAAAAGAUGAAGGAGAAAAUACGAGAGCUUGAAUCUUAUCAAAGUGAAUGUCUACACUUCCAAGAGCAGCUGCAGAGUUUGGAAAAGGACUCACGGGCACUGUCUUCGGUAAGAAGUGAGCUGGAAAACCAAAUCGGACAACUGAAUAAAGAGAAAGAAUCACUCGUAAGGGAUUCUGAGAGCCUGCAGACCAAACUGAGUGAAUCACAGCAUGAAAAGCUGACUGUUGCCAAGACCUUGGAGGCUGCACUGUUGGAGAAAGGCGAGGUGGCGGUGAGGCUGAGCUCAACGCAAGAGGAAGUGCACCAGCUGAGAAAAGGGAUUGAGAAACUCAGGGUCCGCAUCGAGGCUGAUGAAAAGAAGAAGCUCCACGUCUCAGAGAAACUGAAAGAAAGUGAGCGUAGAAAUGACGCGCUUCAGGAUAAAGUUGAGACCCUUGAAAGGGAAUUGCAGAUGGCAGAAGAAAACCAAGAACUGGUGAUUCUUGAUGCUGAGAACUCCAAAGCAGAGGUGGAGACCCUAAAAACACAAAUAGAAUCGAUGACUAAAAGCCUGAGAACUUUAGAAUUAGACCUUGUCACGAUACAGUCUGAAAAAGAAAAUCUCAUGAAACAACUACAAGAAAAACAAGGUCAGGUGUCUGAAUUAGACACGUUACUCUCUUCAUUGAAAAAUCUAUUAGACGAAAAGGAGCGGGAGAAAAUACAGAUGAAAGAAGAAUCUAAAGCUGUGGUAGAGAUGCUGCAAACAGAGUUGAAAGAGCUAAGUGAGGAAGUAGCAGCCUCAUGUGAUGACCAGGGGACCUGGAAGAUCGAAGAACAGAGUCUGGACUCCCCAGUGCAGGAAGUACAUCAGCUGAGAAAUAACAUUGGAAAGCUGAAAGUCCACCUAGACACUGAUAAAAAGAAGCAGCUCCAUAUCUUAGAAAAACUGAAGGAAAGUGAGCAUCAGGCAGAUUUGCUUAAGGAUAGAGUUGAGAACCUCGAAAGAGAACUAGAGGUAUCAGGGAAAAAUCAAGAGCACAUGAUUCUUGAGGCUGAAAAGUCCAAAGCAGAGGUAGAGACCCUGAAAGCAAAAAUAGAGGAGAUGGCCCAAAAUCUGAGCGGUUUGGAAUUAGAUCUUGUCAAUAUAAGGUCAGAAAAAGAAGAUCUGACAAAAGAAUUACAAAAAAAGCAGGGUCAAGUGUCUGAAUUAGAAACAUUAAAUUCUUCAUUUGAAAAUCUAUUGCAAGAAAAAGAGCAAGAGAAAAUACAGAUGAAAGAAGAAUCUAAAGCUGCCGUGGAGAUGCUGCAAAUGCAAUUAGAAGAGCUAAACGAGAAAGUGGCAGCAUUGGGUAAUGACCAAGAGACCUGGAAGGUCCAAGAACAGAGUCUGAGUAGUCAGGUAGAUUCCCUUGAGCGUGAGAAGGCUCAAUUGCUACAGGGCCUUGAUGAGGCCAAAAGUAAUUACAUGAUAUUACAGUCUUCUGUGAAUGGCCUCAUUCAAGAAGUAAAAGAUGGCAAGCAGAAACUAGAGAAAAAGGAUGAAGAAAUCAGUAUGCUAAAAAAUCAUACUCAAGACCGAGAGCUGCUCGUCUCUAAACUGUCCCAGAUGGAAGGAGAACAGCAACUUUGGGAGGAGCAAAGAACAAAACUGGAAAAUCUGAUGGUGGAAUUGGAGCAGAAGAUCCAGGUGCUACAAUCCCAAAACGACACUUUGCAGGAUGCCUUAGAAGCUCUGCAGAAUUCUUCCAAGGAUCUGGAGAAAGAGCUUGAAUUGACAAAAAUGGAAAAAAUGUCCUUUGUUGAAAAAGUAAACACAAUGACUGUGAAGGAAACAGAGCUGCAGAAGGAAAUGCAUGCGAUGGUACAGAAAACGACAGAGUUGAAAGAAGAAUUUAGUGGGGAGAAAAACAGGCUCACUGAAGAAUUAAAUUUAGUGUCAGAAGAAAUGAAGAGCAGCAAAGGUCAACUGAAGGAGCUCAUGCUAGAAAACAGUGAAUUGAAGACGACUUUGGAUUGUGUACAUAAAGACCAGAUGGAAAAGCAAGGGAAAAUGAGAGAAGAAAUAGCUGAAUAUCAGCUACGGCUUCAGGAAGCUGAAAAGAAACACCAGGCUUUGCUUCUGGAUACAAACAAACAGUAUGAAAUGGAAAUCCAGACAUAUCAAGAGAAAUUGACUUCUAAGGAAGAAUGUCUCAGCUUACAGAAGGUGGAGAUAGACCUCUUAAAAUCCAGUAAAGAAGAGCUCAAUAAUUCUUUGAAGGCAACCACUAAGACUUUAGAAGAACUGAAGAAAACCAAGAUGGAAAAUCUGAAAUAUGCAGAUAAGUUGAAGAAGGAAAAUGAUCGUGCCCAGGGGAAAAUAAAGUUGUUGAUCAAAUCCUGUAAACAGCUGGAAGAAGAAAAGGAGAUGUUGCAGAAAGAGCUAUCUCAUCUUGAAGCUACACAAGAGAAACAGAAAGCAGGUACUGUUGUGGAUGCUAAUGUCGGUGAAUUAAUGAGUGAGAUGAAAGAACUGAAAGAAACCCUUGAAGAAAAAACCAAGGAGGCAGACGAAUACCUGGAUAAAUACUGUUCCCUGCUUAUAAGCAAUGAGAAGUUAGAGAAAGCCAAAGAGAUGUUAGAAACACAAGUUGCCCGUCUGAGUUCACAACAAUCUAAACCUAAUCUUCGAAGUUCUCCUGUGCUGAAUUCAGUUGUUCCAGGACCAUCCCCAGUCCCUUCUGCUACUGAAAAGAGGUUAUCAUGCGGCCAAAAUAAAGCUUCAGGCAAAAGGCAAAGGUCCAGUGGGAUUCGGGAGGAUGGGGGAGAAACCACACCUUCUAUACCAGAGAAGUUUUCUAAAAAAAGCAGGAAAGUGGUCAAAAGUGGUAUUCACCCUGCAGAGGAUGCAGAAGAUGCUGAGUUUGAGCCAGAGGGACUUCCAGAAGUUGUAAAGAAAGGGUUUGCUGACAUCCCAACAGGAAAGACUAGCCCAUACAUCCUGCGGAGAACAACUAUGGCAACAAGGACCAGCCCCCGCCUUGCCGCGCAGAAAUUAGCAUCAUCCCCUCUAUGUCUCGACAAAGAAAAUCUUGCUGAAACCUCCAAACCAACAGCUGGUGGCAGCAGAUCACAAAAGGUCAAGGUUACUCAACAGAGCCCCGUGGAUUCAGGCGCUGCCCUCCGAGAACCCACCACCAGAUCUCCUUCUGUCAGUAACCUUCCUGAGAGAAGUUCAGCUGACAGCCCCAGGGAGGGCCUGAGGGCCAAGCGAGGCCGACUGGCCCCCAGCCCAGAAGCUGGCCCCGAGUCCAAGGGCAGUGAGAACUGUAGGGUCCAGUAGAAGAGCCCUUGUGUAUCAGUGCCCCUGGAAGACGGCAGUAGUUGAAUAGAAAGCAGUGUGUCUGUGGGGUUUUUCUUUAUUCAGGGAGCACAUUAUCAGAGGGAAGAAAACAAUUUCUUGUAAAUCGAAUUAUUUUGGACUCUAGAUCUCCCCUGUAUAAGAAUUAGAAAACUUUGGAAGCACUGAUUACCUCUUCAUUGACAUUUCUCUUCUGUAAUGUAAAAUAGUCCUGUAUAAAGCUUCGUAGUAAUGUUAACACUUACAUGGCAAGCACUCUAUAACAACUCCUGUUUUUAUGUAGCUUUUACACUAAAAAAAUGCAAAAUACAUUUUUUACUUGCAAGGAACAGCUCCAGGGAAAAUGUAAACUUGCUUUAUGGUAUUUCCUUUGUAUAGUGUUAGGCAUGAAAUAAUUUUAGAUCAAGAAUUUCUUUGAGUUGAAUAAAACAAAGGAAAAGUAUGUUAUAUGUUUUCAAGGAGAACAUGCACACAAAUACAUAUGUGGGUGUAUUCCUCCUCUUCCAGUGUGUUUUCUAAAUCCUGGCUUAUAUCACCUGUACAUAUUUGUGUGUGGAGUGGUGGGAGUUGUGUGUUGAUUUCCAGUUACCCUGGUUGCAGGCUCCUCAAAGGUGUAGUAGAUUGAGUUUUCUGUCGUUGUACUGUUUCUUUCCAAGAACAAUUUGCUGCAGUGUUUCGGUAUGCAUUCUGAUAAAUGGUGGUCUUCUAUUAAAGUAUGGCCUCUUUUUCUAUUAAAAAAUGUACCUUUGUUUUCUGUAAAAAUGAUUCCUAAAUAUAAAUGUAUUAUGAACAUUGGUACCAUUUCUUGCCAACUUUAACAGCCUCUUACAAAAGUAGAAAUGUUUUAAAUGAUCCUACUAUAUUUAGUGAACAUAUUCAGUUAUAUUAAAAGACAUAAUUUGGAAUGUGGGUCAUGAAGAUUAUGUAGGCAUAUAAUAUGUCCAGCCAGGGCCUAGCACAUUGUGUGUACCCAUUAAAUCUCAUC